AUGAGCCAACAAGAGCAGCCAAAGAGGCCACAAGAGCCGAUCAAAUACGGCGACGUUUUCGAUGUGUCCGGUGAACUUGCCGAUAGGCCCAUAGCGCCUGAGGAUGCUAGGUUGAUGCAAGCCAAGGAGACAAGUGUCUUGGGACACACUCAAAAAGGCGGUAUAGCAGCCACUAUGCAGUCUGCAGCCACGGCCAACAGACGCGGUGGCUUCGUCGAACCAGGUGUCGCAACCUUCCUCGACCCCGACCGAGGCGUCUCUGUGGAGCAAACUGAUGUCCCUGGUGCACGUGUCACCAAAGAAUCCAUCGGUGUUCAGGACGUUACCAUUGGACAAUAUGUUGAGCCUAGGCCAGUGGCGACUUCGGCAACAGGGAUGAGUGUGCAAAGUAAGAUAACAAUAGGACAAGCAUUAGAAGCAACUGUACACUCCGCUGGAAAGAAGCCCGUGGAUCAGAGCGAUGCAGCAGCAGUUCAAGCGGCGGAAGUUAGAGCUUCUAGCAAUAACGUCAUUGCUCCUGGUGGAGUGGCUGCUUCAGCGCAAUCCGCAGCUGAUUACAACGCUGCUAUCGAGCGUGACGAGAACAAAAUCAAGCUCGUUGAUGUUUUGGCGGGUGCGGCGGGGAAGUUACAGGAGGAUAAAGCCGUGACGAAGCAGGACGCAGAGGGUGUGGUGAGCGCUGAGCUGAGGAACAACCCUACCAUGUCUACUUAUCCAGGUGGUGUGGCGGAUUCUGUUACUGCCGCGGCUAGGCUUAACGAGAAAGCGAAUAUAUGA